AUGGUUACCGAACCAAUGACCAGCAGCAAGAAGCACUGUGUCCUCGUCUUCCCUGCCAACGGCUGUAUGGGCUAUGACAUGUGCCGUGAACUCUGCGAAGGUGCCAAGAAGGAACACUUGGAAGAAGUGUAUGCCGUUUGCUGCUCCUCUGAAGGCAAAUGGGUUCACAAGCUCAAGGACCUUGGCAAGAAGUGCAAGGUCAUCUGCUUGGACAAGCCUACUGAUAUGGACUGCUGGAAGAAGCAUGUCACUCACAAGGUCGACUGUAUGAUGCUCUGCACUGAUCCAUCUGCCAUGCGUCACAUGAAGAGCAAGAUGGCUGAAGAUCAUGCUGACAUGGCCAAGGCUAUGGAGUGUGCUGUUGAAAUGUGCCACCAUUUGAACUGCAAAUGCAUGGUUGAGACCACAGCUUACUGUGCUGAUGACUCUAAAUACAAGAUGUGGCACUACAUUCACAAAUGUAUCGAAAAGGCUGCUGAAAAGCACUUCAAAGGACACUGUUGUACCAUGUACCACAACAUGAUGUUUGAGUGCAUCAUGAUGAACCGCGAGGAAAUUCGUCAGGAAAGGAAACUUUCAUGGCCUGUCUCCCACAAUGCUGAGUGCUGUCCCAUGUCAAUGUGCGACAUCGGAUGUUGCUGUAUUGAUGGUAUGCGAGAAUGCAUGAAGGAAAUGGAAUCUGGGUCUGCUUCAGGUGUCAUGGCUUCAGUCAUGCAAACUACUGGAAUGGCUACCACUUCCAAGAAGCAUAUGAAAUACCAUCUCACUGGCAGGGACAAGAUGACUCCACAAGAAAUGAUGGACAUGAUGUCUCAAAACUUAGGUCACGGCUACGAAUUCAAAAAGUGCGAUGAAAGCCACUGGAAGAAGAUGGUUCAAGAUCAUCUUUGCUCCAUGGAAAUUGAAAUGGCUUUGGAAUGCUUCCAAAUGAUGGAUGAUGGCAAGAUGAAGCACUGCACCAACGACAUGAAGAAGCUCACUGACCAUGAGCCAAUGCGAAUGUCUGACUGGAUCCGCAAGCACCAACAUGAAUUUGGUCCCGGUGCCUCUGCUCAAUCAUCUAUGAUGAUGUGA